AUUGCACGAUUCCGAUUGGAAAGGCAAGUGCGUUCGAGUCGCGGAAAAAUCAAGAAAAAGAGAGAAGCACUGCAAAUGCACUGAUUAUUUUUAAAGUACAACCGCGAUUAUACGAACUUGGCGAACAGGUGUUUAUAGACAAUCUUAUUGGGCAUAAAUCGGCAAAAGUUAUCUCAAAAAGCAAGGCGAAAAGCUUUGCCAGCACAAGCAAAUUCUUUUGCAUUCGCCGCUGCCCACCGCUUUCAUCGCGAGUUUCACUGUGUGUGUAAGAAAGAGCGUGUGCAAAUAAGUUUUGCCGCGUUGUCUGCUGCGAAUUGCGAAACGAAAGAAGAGACAAGGAGAAGAGAAGACCGGUGAAGAGGAGAGGAUCGAACGAUCGGGUGAAUGUCGCUGAAACACCAGAAGCAAUCCUACCAACCGCUCCCAACGGCGGCCGCCAUGGACAAUCCGGCGAUGAUCCAGAGCAGCGACAGCAGUGGGAGCAGCUCCUCUGAAGAUGGUGGCAGUCGGGAAGUUGUCAACAAUUUGCCUCCACUCGGACUCCCUGCGACCUAUUCGUCACAACAACUCAUGGAGGAGGAGCGACAUAGCCUACGACAACAUCGUGAUGAUUUACCUGGCGAACACUAUCAGAUUCCCACCUUUAACGCCGUACCCUCGCGCUUCUCGUACGUGGUCAGAUCAGAUUGGUUCACUGUUACCGUUCUCUGCUUCGUUAACCUCAUCAACUACAUGGACCGUUUUACAAUUGCCGGAGUUCUUACGGAUGUUCGAGCUGAUUUUGAUAUUGGAAAUGACAGUGCUGGUCUUCUACAGACCGUAUUCGUUAUAUCGUAUAUGGUUUUCGCUCCUAUCUUUGGAUAUCUGGGUGAUCGUUACUCCCGCCCCUGGAUAAUGGCUGUUGGUGUGGGCCUUUGGAGUACCACCACAUUACUGGGAUCAUACAUGCAGGACUUUGGAUGGUUCAUCACCUUCCGGGCAUUAGUGGGGAUUGGCGAGGCAUCAUACAGUACAAUAGCGCCGACAAUCAUCUCGGAUCUCUUCGUUCACGACAUGCGCUCCAAGAUGCUGGCACUUUUCUACUUUGCCAUACCCGUGGGAUCCGGUCUGGGAUAUAUUGUGGGAUCCAAGACUGCGCACUUGGCCAACAACUGGCGCUGGGCUUUAAGGGUUACGCCCAUUUUGGGCAUUGUCGCCGUCGCUCUGAUCAUUUUGAUCAAGGAUCCGGAAAGAGGUCACAGCGAGGGAUCGCACAAUUUGGAGGCUACAACCUACAAACAGGAUAUCAAGGCUCUGCUUAAAAAUCGUUCCUUCAUGCUUUCCACAGCAGGAUUCACGUGUGUGGCCUUUGUGGCAGGAGCUUUGGCAUGGUGGGGGCCUUCUUUCAUCUAUCUAGGCAUGAAGAUGCAGCCGGGCAACGAGGACAUUAACCAGGACGACAUCUCGUACAAGUUUGGUCUGGUGGCCAUGCUGGCGGGUCUUAUUGGAGUACCGCUGGGAUCCUUCCUUGCCCAGAGACUGAGAGGUCACUAUGAGAACUGCGACCCGUACAUCUGCGCAGUGGGACUCUUCAUCUCAGCUCCGAUGGUUUUUGCUGCUUUGGUGGUGCCACAGACAAGUGAAGUCAUGUGCUUCUUCUUUGUGUUCGUCGCUCAGGUUGCACUAAACCUGUGCUGGUCUAUUGUAGCUGAUAUCCUAUUGUAUGUGGUGGUACCCACACGUCGUUCUACAGCGGAGGCCUUCCAGAUCCUCAUCUCACAUGCGUUGGGUGAUGCCGGCAGUCCGUAUUUAGUGGGAGCGAUCUCUGAAGCCAUCAUGAAGCACCUGCAAAAGAACCCCAGCGAUUCUGGCCUCACCACCGAAAUGGAGAGCAUGUCCCAAGUAGCGGAAUCCCGAAUGAGCAAUGUCACACAGGCUAUCGCAGAAGUAGCAUCCAAUGCGAUUGAAACAGUGCGCUCAGUAGCAUCUACCUCAUCGGAAUACUCUGAUAAGGAGCAGUUCGAGGGAUUGCAGUAUGCCCUCUUCUCCACCAGCUUUGUGGAGGUGCUGGGUGGAAUAUUCUUCAUGAUAACCGCCUGCUUCAUCAUCAAAGACAAGUACAAAGCCUCGCAAGGAUUACAGGGCGACCAGGGACCGAGAGCGGUUCGAUCGUCAGCUGCCUUGACCAGCGGCCAAAAGGACGUUGAGUCCUUUAACUCGGACUGCCUGGUCCUGUGCACUGACAUCGCUCUGCGCGAACGCACGUGAUAACAUGAAUAUUAAAUCUGAUUGAGUGCUUUGCACCCAUAGAUUACUUUUUGUCCCAAUUUUCCGAUGCUACGGCUGAUCAAGAGCGUCGGGAUCAGCGCGGUCAAAUUGCCUAAUACCAGCCGAUCCUAGAGGUUAUGCUGCGCACUCAGAGGUCCGAUGGCAUGCCUGGUGAACUGUUACUGACUGAAAACCAUCUUUAAUUUAUAUUAUGCUCACUCGCACCACGCACAUCCCGCAUCGGAUCGUACUGGAAGCUUACGGGGACAUUGCUCUCAGUUCGGCUGACAAGUCCCCCGUAUUCAUGUUCCUAAUGGGAAGAAUCGAAAGGAAGAACCACCAUGCCAACGUUCAAGCACACUAAACUGUUUUGUAUAUAUAUAUUUACAAAACACUCACUCACUCACAGGCACUUACCAAUUAAUAACAUUACACAGAUCAUUUUACAAUUAAACGGUUAGGGCCUACAAUACCCAUGAUGUCGGGGUACUAGCUCUGCUAUAAAUACGUAGUCGUAGAUAGAUAUAACUCUGGUAUUUUAGACUAAAUCAAAAUAUAAGAGUUUCAAGAAAGUACGCAUUCGAAGAAGUGCUCCUCCAGAUUAAUAAUGUAAAUAGAUUAUGUCAUGUUUAUCGAAUGCGAAAUGCCUGCAGUUUGGAUAUUUAUAUAUUAUCGUAUCAUUUAAACGGUAAGCAGCUGCGAUACCCGUGAUGUCAGGAUAGCCCUGCUCUAAAACAUAGUCGUAGAUAGCUAGAGCUCUGGUAUUUUAGGUUUAAUCAGAAUUAAACAGUUUCAAAGAAGUUAUCCUUCAGAUAGGAUAAUGUAAAUAGAUUAUCACAGGACUUUCGUAUGCAAAAUUCCUGAUGGUUAAAUAUUUAUAAAUUAUCGUGUGUAAAUUUUAUAUGGAUUGUAAAUAUAGAUAAGCACCGGGCCAUUAUAUAAGUGCAUAGUCUAUUUAAUAAGUUUUAUCAUAACGCCUUAGUUUUACACUGAACAUAAUUUUAAUCAUAGCAUUAGUUAGUUCUGUAACAAAUUGGAAGAAAUGUGUGCACCCUCAACAAUUAUUGAAUAUUACAUCGUAACUAUUUUAAAUGAAAACUGCAUUAAUCAA